GCCAAGGCCCCUCCUCUGGGGCCUCCAUGGACACCGCUUCUUACUGGUCCUCCAGAGUGCUUGGGAGCCGAGGGCAGGCUGGCACACAAGCUGUUCCGAGACCUCUUUGCCAACUACACAAGUGCCCUGAGACCUGUGGCAGACACAGACCAGGCCCUGAAUGUCACCCUGGAGGUGACACUGUCCCAGAUCAUCGAUAUGGAUGAGCGGAAUCAGGUGCUGACCCUGUACCUGUGGAUCCGACAGGAGUGGACAGACUCCUACCUACGAUGGGACCCCGACACCUAUGGUGGUCUGGAUGUCAUCCGCAUCCCCAGCAGUCUCGUGUGGCGGCCGGACAUCGUACUGUAUAACAAGGCGGAUGCGCAGGCCCUGGCCUCUGCCGGCACCAACGUGGUCCUGCGGCACGACGGCGCCGUGCGCUGGGACUCUCCGGCCAUCACGCGCAGUUCCUGCCGCGUGGACGUGUCGGCCUUCCCGUUCGACGCGCAGCGCUGCGGCCUGACCUUCGGCUCGUGGACACACGGCGGGCACCAACUGGAUGUUCGGCCGCGCGGCGCCGCCGCCAGCCUGGCCGACUUCGUGGAGAACGUGGAGUGGCGCGUGCUGGGCAUGCCGGCUCGGCGGCGCGUGCUCACCUACGGCUGCUGCUCCGAGCCCUACCCGGACGUGACCUUCACUCUGCUGCUGCGCCGCCGCGCCGCCGCCUACGUGUGCAACCUGCUGCUGCCCUGCGUGCUCAUCUCGCUGCUGGCGCCGCUCGCCUUCCACCUGCCUGCGGACUCGGGCGAGAAGGUGUCGCUGGGCGUCACUGUGCUGCUGGCGCUCACUGUCUUCCAGCUGAUCCUGGCCGAGAGCAUGCCGCCGGCCGAGAGCGUGCCCCUCAUCGGAAAGUACUACAUGGCCACCAUGACCAUGGUCACCUUCUCCACGGCGCUUACCAUCCUUAUCAUGAACCUGCAUUACUGUGGUCCCAGUGCCCGCCCCGUGCCAGCCUGGGCUCGGGCCCUCCUGCUAGGACGCCUGGCACGGGGCCUGUGUGUGCGGGAACGAGGGGAACCCUGUGGGCAGUCUAGACCACCUGAGUCAUCCCCCAGCCCCCAGCCUCCUGACAGAGGCACUGGCCCCCCAGCAGGCCCCUGCCAGGAGCCUCGGUGUCUGUGCCGUCAGGAAGCCCUGCUGCAUCACGUGGCCACCAUCGCCAAUGCCUUCCACAGCCACCGGGCCGCCCAGCGCCGCCAUGAGGACUGGAAGCGCCUGGCCCGUGUCAUGGACCGUUUCUUCCUGGGCAUCUUCUUCUCCAUGGCUCUGGUCAUGAGCCUUCUGGUGCUGGUGCAGGCUCUCUGA